AUACAGGUCACUAAACUAUCGGAGCUCUGCGUCACAACCUAUACCUACCUGUACUUCUAUAUAACUUCCUAGGAUUGACUCAUUCCUUUGGGGAUGUAGGCCUUAAUUGAAAAUCAUUCUGAAAAGAUCUUAUUAUGAUCCAAUUGACACAAUGAGGUUCCCUUCAGUACGUCCACCCGUGAUAAAUAUUGCCAAUGGCACUUUUUAUCGCCAUCACCCGGGUACAAACUCGAUACAUCCGAACCCGGCACUCUUUAAAGAUCUGAACUUCACAUUACCUUCUACCACCGACCAGCCAACACAUUGGUAUGUCGUUGGUCCAUCUCUGAGCGGUAAGACGACAUUUCUACAACUCCUCAGAGGAAGCCACCUAUGUUUCCCUCCCGCAGCAAGGAGUUACCCGUAUCUGUCUACAGAUGCGGUCCCUCACAGAUUAAGAGUACCACACAAGGCUGUUCAAUACGUUGGGUUCAAUAAUGAUGGAUUUUCUUCUAGUAUAACUACUUCGGCAUAUUUAUCUGCUCGUUACGAGUCAAAGCGGGAGAAUACCGAUUUCUCACUUAGAGACUUUCUACUGGGCAACACCGAAUUGAACCCAUUAAAGUCUUCAUCCGAAGAUGAAUCGGAUCCGGCCUUGUUAGAUCGGGUAGUACGAGACUUGAAGCUCGCCCAACUGUUAGAUUUACCGGUCGCAUUUUUGAGCAAUGGACAAGGCCGAAGAGCUAGAAUUGCCAGAGCUCUUCUCACUGCACCGGAAGUACUACUGCUCGACGAACCAUUCAUGGGCCUUGAUCCGCCUACGGUAGCUGGACUAAGUCCCCUCUUACAUGGCCUGGCAAGUAAAGCUAGCCCCAGACUAGUAAUCAGUGCAAGACCACAAGAUCCCAUUCCUGAUUGGAUCACGCAUUUGGUUUACCUGAGAGCAGACAGUCAGAUAGGCGCAAUCGGUGAAAAAGAAGCUGUCCUGGAUGAAUUGAGGAGUUACGUCCGGCGGGUCUGGAAUGGCACAUCAAGAGAGGAUGGGAACUUGGCGGUGCAUAACCUGGUGCAUGUUGGCAGAACGCUAACUGCUAAGGGAAUACACGGAGAACCACUCAUGGGUGAAGAAGCUUUGAAGUCCCAAAAAGCGACUAUUCGAGAGGCUUGUGCAUCAAGGAAUAUUGGGAAGCCCGUUGUGGAGAUGGAUGGUUGCAAAGUACAAUAUCGGGGUAAAGUUGUUCUUGGAAAUUGGAAGCAGAAGGUCAAUGGGAAAGAGCAGGAAGGCCUUAUAUGGACCGUUCGACGUGGAGAACGAUGGGGUAUUUUUGGACCCAAUGGAUCCGGAAAGACCACCAUCGUGUCCCUUCUCUGCUCUGAUCACCCACAAACAUAUUCCUUGCCUAUAAAACUCUUCGGUCGAAGCAGAUUGCCGGAACCUGGAUCGGGUGAACUACCCCUGACUUUCUGGGAUAUUCAAUCACGAAUCGGACACUCUAGUCCUGAAAUUCAUCAGCAUAUGCCCCGGAAUCUCGCCGUUAGACAGGUUAUUGAGAACGCGUGGGCAGACACGUUCCGCUCAAAAGCUAAACUCGAUGCACAAGCCGUAGAGAAAGUCGAGGCUUGUUUGCGAUGGUUCGAGGCCGAAUUAAACCCAGCUUUUGUAAGAUCAUCAGAGUCUGGAUCUUCUUCCGCGAAGGGCAUUUCAGAUCUAAAAUGGGCAGAUCACUAUAUGUUUGGCGAAUUAUCGUUCUCGGCACAGCGUGUUGCUCUAUUCUUGCGCGCAGUUGUUAAGAACCCAGACAUUGUUGUCUUGGACGAGGCGUGUAGUGGUAUGGAUGAUGGCGUCCGAAAUCGCUGCUUACUUUUCCUCGAGCACGGACAAACAAAGUCAUAUGUGAAGAACGAAGAUGGCUCGGAAACUGUUGUUGAGAGCGAAGCAUCAAAAUUAGGCACUGUAAAGGUUGGAGGUUUGAACGACAACCAGGCUCUGAUAUGCAUUAGUCAUGUUAGGGAAGAAAUACCGGAUUGCAUUAGAGAGUGGGUAUGUCUACCCGAGGCUAACUCUGGGGAAUCCGCUCGAUUUGGAGUAUCCGAAGCACCUCUCGGUCGGGAUGAAAAGAGCUGGAGAGAAAUCUGGGGGAUGUAAAAGUUAUUGAUUUUAUGAAUGUAUGGACUCGGAUUCCCGACAUCUUGGGUUUGCAUCUCAGCAAUUCUUAUUGGCCAAUCCUGUUCGCAAUGACCAAGUACAUACUUGGGUCCAGUAUAUUUGGAUAUUUGCUUUAGAUUACUUGCAUCGUCGGACUGCAUCCACAUGUAGGUACAGAAAAUAAAUACUACCUCCUGUGUAGUAGUCCCGUGCGAGCAAUAAAUUGGCUGGCGAUACGCGGGUUUUAGGGGAAUUAAAAAGUACAUAUGUACUUUGGUACGUUUCGUUGAAGAAAAGGGAGCUCGGAAGGUUAUCGUAAACGUGCAUUGCCAAGACCGCGUUGCCGUUUUGAAUGUGGGGUCUAGUUAUAUUUUAGUAUGCGGUUGCUGGGCAACAGCUACGUGCUGCGCAUCCCCAAAUAGAGUAAACUUUCAACAACGUUCUUAUUAGCUGCAGCUCUCAUCGAGGCAUCCGAGCUACCUUAGCUCCCCACCGAAAAUCAAUCAAUCAACUUUACGUACCUUUUACUCCUCUAUCUCUCAAAAAUUC